GGUCUUCCUGGUUCUCCUGGACCCAAAGGGAGUCAGGGGCCAAAAGGAAAAAUUGGCCAGGCUGGAAGAAAGGGAACCAAAGGAGCUCCUGGGAAAACUGUGAGUUUCAUUUUGUUGAGGAAUAACGAGAUCUCAUCCAGUGAGUGAGCUGAUCCGGAAGUCAAAAUAAAUCUAUGUUCUUAAAAUUAACAUCAGUCUUUUCUUAAAAAUGAUCUUGUGAACACAUUUGUGUUGCAUCCUACUAGUUACAAAAUGAGAAACUUAUAAAAACACAGAAAUGAAGUUAAACUGCGGGAUUCUAAAACUUCAAUCUAACUUUUUUCAGACUAUUUUGUUGUUUGCAUAAUUCCCCCAAUUUUACUUCAAUCUUGGUAAAUUUAUCAGACUUAAUUUAAAAUGUCAAUAUGUAAAAGCUAUAAGAUGUGGCAUUUCUUUGGAAAAAUAGCAGGAUGUCACUGAGAGACAAUCAUUGAGCAGCACCCCAUGAAUCAGGCAGAAACAGAAAUAUAAAAUCCAGAAAGAAAUAAUUUGCACAGAUUAAAGAUUAUGACCUGAUUAAACAAAUCACGUAGGCUCUAUUAUUUUAAAGUGUGUGGAUGAAAUCAGACACUCUGGAUUAGCUUAAAAUAUUUUUCCUUUCAGAAGGUUUUUGGUUGCAUUAUAACCGUGAUGCAGUCUGGUGAUUUUUAUAUUAAAGAUCUAAUGUGUGAAAGACAGACAAGCUCAUGUAACAGUUGAUAAGGCUUUUAAAUGUUGUUUAACGCAUCCAAAUCUUAUUACCUUCAGCAAAUAUUAUAUGCCCCAAAACGAUCACUGAUCAGUAUGAAGGGUAAAUUAUUGUUCAUAAUCAUUGACCCAUCUAUUUGACCUAUCUGAAGAGUAUGUGAUGUGUUUAUGAAGUUUCUCUGUUUUUAUGAUGUAAAGCAUUUCGAACUGCCUUGUUGCUGAUCUGUACUAUACAAAUGAACUUGAUUGACUGAUUUAAUAAAUUAGAUAUAUAAGCUCCAGAAUACAUAAAUAUAAAAAAUGUUUUAUAGGGAUCUGAUGGCCAAAAAGGGAGGCCUGGACCUCCUGGAACACCUGGGAAACCAGCAAGGCUUAAAUGGUUUGGAUGGUUUGCUGGGGGUUGACGGAAACGAAGGGUAUCCGGGGACUAUUGGUUUGAGAGGAGCUCCCGGGGCUCCCGGCAGCCUUGGAGAGACAGGAAAAUCUGGACCUCUUGGGAUUAGAGGACACCCGGGAGCUAUCGGGGUUAAGGGUAAAACUGGUCCAAAAGGAGCAAAUGGACCACUUGGACCAGUUGGGCCAAAUGGAAUCCCUGGGCUGAGAGGAGAAAAGGGUGAAACAGGAAGCGUUGGCACUGAGGGUUUUUUGGGUGAAAUUGGGAUACCAGGUCCGGUCGGUCCACUAGGGCCAAAGGGGAAUCCCGGUUUGCAGGGGCUAAAAGGUCAAACUGGUCAAAAAGGAAAUCGUGGACAUCUGGGUGCUUAUGGUCCAUCAGGGCAGAUAGGCUCUCCUGGAUUAACUGGUCAUCUUGGAAAAAAGGGGGUGAAGGGAGUCCAAGGAAAAAGAGGACCAAAGGGAGCUGAAGGCAAACCCGGACCUCCUGGACAACCAGGAUUACCCGGCAGACUCAGACAUAAACAAAUACAAUCUGAGUCAGGACCCAAUCUACCAACUGAGCAAAGGCAAAAGUCCAGACCCGGUUCAAGGCACAGGCUGAAAAAUUCUCCGGAUUCUCCUAAUCUACUAAAAGCAGAUGAACAGAAGCAGAGUCGGUUGAUGUCACGGAGACGGUCGGAAGAUGAGCAAGCUGAGGAGUCCUCCAGCUUGCCGUUGGGAACAAAAGAUGAUCCAGGUACCACCUGCCACGAACUGAAACUUAUCCAUCCACACCUGGAAGAUGAGCGACCAGGUUAUUUUUAUAUGGACCCCAAUCAAGGCUGUGCGUGUGAUGCAGUGAGAGUCUUCUGUAACUUCACAGCCGGAGGAGCAACCUGCAUAGAUCCUCAACAUUCACAGAUCAAAAUGAAUUUGAAACCAGACAUGAAGUCAGGAAUGCCGGUGCAGUGGUUUACUCUUCAGUACAACAAACACGAAUUUGAGUAUACUACUGUGGACAUUGUACAGCUGAGGUUUCUGAGGUUCCACAGUCACACUUCCUUCCAGCAUAUCACUCUCAGAUGUGCAGGAAAUCAGUCCAGUCCCACCUCCACAGCAGGUUUAGCCAAGUGGAUUGUAAAGUUGCAGGGGGAUUCUGGCAAAAUCAUCGACACACGCUUCAUUGCGGCUUCCAGGAAAACCUGUGAGGUGCAGAUGGUGGUGAAGGUUCGAGGUAGCACAGAGUUGCAUCGAGGGGAUAUGGAGUUACUUCCUCUCAGGGAUUUGGGAAUAGAGUUGAGCAGAACACCCAGCAGUAUCUCUGAGAUCUCUGUAGUUUUGGGACCUCUCUGCUUCUUGUGAGCAGUAUAUUAUGUAUAGGAUUAUGUUCCUCAUGGCUCAAUAAAAUUCUGCAAGUUAUGUUAUACAAUCCAUAUUGUAUAUGUCAGGUGUGUAAUUUAGUUAAAUGUGAUUUAGUUUGAGCUGUUUUUGUAUAUUUCAUAAGAAUUUAUUUGGAUGUAAAGGUAUUAUUUGCUGAAAUACAUCAUUGUUUGAUAUUUGUUUGAUUGUGUAGUUAUAUAUAUAAUUCUCCACUUACAUUAGUAAAUUUAAUCUGGAUAUACAUUUUAUGUAUAAAAAGUGCUCACAAUGUGAUGAGCUUGGACUUUCUGAUGUUUGCUUCACUGUUUGAAGUUGUUCCUUGUUUGUGCACACAGUCUUGUUCAAUAAAGCUGAUUCUGUUUUUAU